CUCAGUCCCGAGAAGCGCGUGUGUGUGUGCGCGUUCACCGUGUGCUUCACGAGCCUGUCUGAGAACGUAUCCAUGAGGACGUAAAGGUGCCCUAAACUGUACGGACUCGGACCUUCUGUGGACCUGCCGACACGAGAGCCAUGGAUUAUAUUAGAAACCACAGUACUUAUCUAUCCAUCUUCAUGUUGAUAGUGAGCAGUACCAGCCAUGCACUUUUGGACCGGUUACUUGAGGAGAACUCCUCAGACCAGAUGUUUCCUCAUCAUCUGGACUCAGAAGAUGACAGACAGAUGACCUCCUGUGAUUUUGAGUCACUGUGCCACUGGACUUUAUCAAGUCACGGUGCCCAAAGUGACUGGUCAGUGGUGUCGCCACAGCAACCAGAAAUCCCUGAGGCGGGGAUGAUGCCGGAGACUGAUCACUCAGUGGGAAGCUCUGACGGGCACUUCCUCCUGCUCAGCUCCUCCCCUGCCGCAGAGGCCUCGAAGAGAUGCGAGUUCCACUUAGCCAGCCCGGUCUUGCCAGGAAGCAGCAGGCACUGCCUCUUGCAGGUGGCUCUGUUUGAGUCCGGUCCGGCGGUGGGGAACAUCACGCUCCUGAUCACGCCACUCCACUCAGGCUCAGCUCUUCACUCGGUGGAUCUCACCCACAGGAGGCGUGCUGAACGCAGGGCUGAGUGGGAGGUUCUGGAGACCGUGAUUGGUCAGGUGGACGAGCCCUUUCAGGUGAUUCUGCUCUACACUUCCUGUUUGGGCGAAGAUGGAGGCACCGUGGCUCUGGACUCUCUGGAGCUCACAGACUGUGAAUCAGAACAGCAGGGCAUCGGACCGGACGCGGCUUGUGGGGAAUCUUUCCACUGUGAACAUUCAGACGAGUGCAUCGACCAGAGCCAAGUGUGCAACUUCCACACCGACUGUCCUUUGGGAGAAGACGAGGGCUUCAUCUGUGGUGCUCUUCCAUUUGGCGCUCACUGUUCAUUUGAACCGGAUGCAUGUGGCUGGUCUGUGUCCAACCAUCACUCGGCCUGGAGAAGAGUCGCUGGAGACCAACUUCUGGAGAAAGAAGACAUGCAGGGUGUCACUCUGCAGAGAACCCCAGGGCACUUCCUGUUUCUGCAGGUAAGAGAGACUAAUUCCCUACGAGAGGCGUCCAUUCAGAGCUCAUCUUUCGCUCCCCCAGUCUCGACCACUGCAUGUCAGAUGCGUUUCUCUCUGUACCUUCAUGGAGACUUUAACGGCACGCUGCUGGUGUCCAUCGAAGAGAACGGGACGACGACCGCUCCCCCGGUCUGGGAGAGAAACCAUCAGGGAACGGACGACUGGGAAGACGUUGCCCUGCAGCUGACUGGCCUUCGUCACGGAUUCCACGUGAAGGUGACAGCUGUGUGGGGGAAAGGCUCCAACGCCGACGUUGCUCUCGACGACAUCGCAAUCGGAGCUGCCUGCUUUGCCACAGAUCUGAACUCGCUUCUGCCCUUGGCUCACUUGGAGGAUUUCUUAAGCCCCCUUCCAGAGCCGUCAGCCUCAGAGGUUUCAUUGAUGACAUGGUGGUUUAACUCAUGCGGUGCCAGUGGACCCCAUGGCCCAACCCAUGCCCAGUGUGACAGCACCUACAGGAACACAAAUGUCAAUGUCACAGUGGGGAAGGAAGAUCCCUUCAAAGGAGUCCAAAUGUGGAGGGUCCCUGCUACGAACAGAUACCUGAUCUCUGCUUACGGGGCUGCAGGAGGGAAAGGAGCCAAAAACCACAACAAACGCAACCAUGGGCUCUUCAUAUCUGCCAUAUUUCCUCUGGAGAAAGGAGAUUUACUUUACAUCUCGGUGGCCCACCAGGGAGAGGACGCAUGCCCUGGGAGGAAUCCCCACACGAAGAGGAUCUGCUUGGGAGAGUCGUCAGUGAUUGAAGACAAACUCCGGGGAGAGGCCGGUGGAGAGUGGGCUGGCGGAGGAGGCGGAGGAGGGGGAGCCACCUACAUCUUCAAGAUGGAGGGAAGGGAGCUGGUUCCCUUGCUGAUUGCGGCUGGUGGAGGAGGGAAUGCUUACUUGGAGGACCCAGAAUCCAGUCUGGACCACAUGCCACUGGAGCAGUAUGAAAACAGCACCAGAGCUCCCAGCACCAGCGGUCUGACCGGUGCUGCAGGUGGAGGUGGAGGCUGGAAAGACAGUCCCAGUCCUCACCUGGAGGCAGGAGAGUCUCUGUUGGAGGGUGCGGAGGGGGGGUCCUCGUGUUCACUCGCCCUGUCCAAGCUCAGCUGGUCGACCUUUGGGGGCUUCGGGGGUGGAGGCGGGGCUUGCACAGCUGGAGGCGGUGGAGGAGGUUACAGAGGAGGCGACGCUGCGCUGACGGAUGAGAUCACAGCCGACGGGCAGAACGGCAUCUCAUUCAUUCAUCCGAUGGGAGAGAUUUUCCUUCAGCCUCUGGCAGCCAUGGAGAGUCACGGCGAGUGUGAGAUCAAGGUGCAGCUGAACUGCAGCCACUGUCAAGCGCAGAGCUGCAAACGAGACGAGGACACCCACCUCAUCCUGUGUCUCUGCGACGGCGACGACGAAGUCCUGGCCAGCGACAACGUCACAUGUGUCAGCACCAUGGCUUCCCAGGGCCCGGCUCCGCAGGGCCCGAUGUCGACGUCUCUGGUCUUGGCAGUCGUGGUCUCCACCGUCGCGAGCGGCGUCGCGCUGAUCUGCACCGGCGUCAUCCUCACGUGGUACCGCAGGAAGAACUACCUGCAUGCAGUGCGGGGGCAUCUGCACAGUCCAGAGUACAAGCUGAGCAUCCGCUCCUCCACCAUCAUGACCGACUACAACCCCAACUACUGCUUUGCAGGGAAGGCCGCCUCACUCAAUGAACUGAAGGAAGUGCCACGCAAGAACAUAACGCUUCUCAGGGCUCUCGGCCACGGUGCAUUCGGUGAAGUCUAUGAAGGACAAGUUCUGGGGAUGAGCAGCGAUAACAGCCCCCUGCAGGUGGCCAUAAAGACUCUUCCAGAAAUCUGCUCCGAACAGGACGAAAUGGAUUUCCUGAUGGAGGCCCUGAUUAUGAGCAAGUUCAGCCACGACAACAUUGUGCGCUGCAUCGGCGUCAGUCUGAACAUCCUGCCACGCUUUAUCCUGCUGGAGCUGAUGACCGGAGGAGACAUGAAGAGCUUCCUGAGACAGAACAGGCCACGGGCUGGCCAGACCUCUUCUCUCACCAUGCGGGAGCUGCUGCAGAUGGCCAGAGACAUCGCCUUCGGCUGUCGCUACCUGGAGGAGAACCACUUCAUCCACAGAGACAUUGCUGCAAGAAAUUGCCUGCUUACCUGCCCCGGACCCGACAGAGUGGCCAAAAUUGGCGAUUUCGGCAUGGCUCGAGACAUAUACAGAGCCAGCUAUUACAGGAAAGGUGGCCGUGCCAUGCUGCCAGUCAAAUGGAUGCCGCCGGAGGCCUUCAUGGAGGGAAUCUUCACCUGCAAGACAGACACAUGGUCAUUCGGAGUGCUGCUGUGGGAGAUCCUCUCUCUGGGCUUCAUGCCGUAUCCUUGUAAAACCAACCAAGAGGUGCUGGAGUUUGUCACCAGUGGAGGCCGAAUGGAUCCUCCCAAGAGCUGUCCGGGCCCUGUCUAUCGGAUCAUGACCCAGUGUUGGCAACACUGUCCCGACCACCGGCCCAACUUCUCUACCAUCCUGGAGAGGAUUAACUACUGCUCUCAGGACCCAGAUGUGAUGAACACACCCCUGCCAGUGGAGAAUUCCCCCACCGCCGAGGACAAAGGCAGCGCAAUGAUUGGCCCCUCUGACCACACCCCCCCCGCCGGCCUCGCUCCGCUCCUGGUGUCCCGCCCCGUCUCCCAGGCCUUCCCCUCCCUGCAGCUGGGUCUCUCCUCUCUGGGUCCAACACCUCUUCUUCCCCCACAGCCCACCAAACCCCGCCUCCUCCUCCAGAGGACCCAACCCGUCCACCGCGAGGUGACAUCGUGCCGCGAGGCUUUGCAGCCGCGCCGGGCCGAGCCGGUUCCGGCGCCCGGUUCGUCGGCGGGAGGCCACUGGCUCCACCCUGAGCCUCCUCAUCGCCGGCCGAGCUCCAGAAACGGCUCCUCCUCGGGGAGCCAGAGGCUGAAGAACAAGACGAAGAACCUGUGGAACCCCACGUAUGGUUCCUGGGUUUUGGAAAACCUCCGGGGGAAGAAAGCCCUCGCCCACACUCAGUCCGCGCCGCUCUCGAGCUCGACCGCCACCGCCUCCAACGCACCGACUCCUCCGCCCUCGGAGAGCAACGAGGCUGAGUGCAGCAGCGCCCACGCCGGCCCCUCCAGCCUCUGCACUCCAUCAACCUCAUCCCCGUCCUCCCACAGGACCCCGACGGGCAGCGCCACCAAAGCUUCUCUGGACCUGGCGAAGCUUCAGAGUUUCCCCUGCGGCAACGUCAACCACGCCUAUGACGAGCAAAGCCACGAGGCAGAGCGCCUUCCCUUGGCCACGCCCAAAGCGCCAGACGCCACGGCACACACCGGCUCCGCGCCCGGCGGCUCCUCGGUGAGCGGCUCGGCGCUCGGCCUCCGCGGCUCCUCGCCCUGUACGCCCGGGCUGCUGCUGAAGCGCCACGCCAGCUGCGGACACGAGGACGUGAGGAGACACGCCGAGGCUGAGGAACCCGCCCGCGACCGGGACUCAGGCGUCUCUCUGUCCGAGGACCUCAGCGUGACCCCCGUUUGAGAAACGGCUGACGGGAACCGGGAUUCUGAUCGAUGGGAAAAUGAAACGUCACAACCCGAGACUAGAUUUUUGGAAUAAAACACAUGAUGGUUGUGUUACAGUAUGAGAGACAGAACGUCAAAUUAUCGGAGCUCCUGGGACGCUGUAAUACACAAACUGUCCUCUGGGCUGUGAGACCGACUCACAGCUCUUUCCUGGGCCUCUGGCCCACCGGGCCUGAAACACCGGACACCAUGCAGCCCCGUGGUGUCAUGUCCACUUUGAAUAACUGCUGUCGUUGGACUCCUUUUCUCCCUCUUUGUUGUGGCUCAUGAAGGCUUUGAAAGUAUAUGUUGCAUUGUAGGAAAUAUGUCGCUUUGGGUAUUUGUCGUAAUCGAUGUACAGUCGGACCAUAACAGCAUGACGACAUUGAGCCAUUGGUAAGAGAAUCCUCGAGGUUGUGUUUUCAUUUCAGAAUGUUUUAUUUCCAAUGAUCGAAAUUCAGCAAAGGAUUUAGAGUUAAUCAAACUAUCAUUUAUAAUUGUUUACAUACUUAAGGAACUUGCGGUACAUGGUUCACCAACGUGACACUGAGUCGCUUUCCCCCUAAAUAAUGUGGAAACACAUACGCCUAUAAUACAGUAAUAACAUGUCUUUGAUCUUUUCUCCCAACACAAGGUCUACUUGGUGUUUCCAACAUCUGAUGAGUCUUCUCAGUCGUUCAUGGAGAUUGACUAGUUGUAUGUAUGGCAGUACGGAACACACGAGGACAUCCUGAACGCUGUUUUCACUUGAGGAUCGUCUGAGUUGUUGUAUGUGGAUCUUUCUCCGGCCGCCCACUGACCCCUGCUCAGUGGCGUUGACCUCCUCCCAGUUGAUGCUGCUGGUUUUGGUCUGGUGUUCACAGCCACACACAGACAAAUAAGCAUAUUUCCCCAAAAAACAGUCCCUUUAUGUUGAACCGUUUCUGGUAAGCAAUGACUCCUCGUGAAAAUCACUUCCUGCUCUGUGCGAAGAUUAUUUUUGCCAAACUGCAUAAAUCUUGAUUUGGCGUUGCAUAUUCUGGACAAUUCUCUUCCCCCAGUCUCAAUAUUUAGUUGGAGGUCCAAUGAAAGUAUAAGCGCGUAGAAUUUGAUGACCACACAGCUGUGAAAAUAUUUGCUAUUUUUGUAUUCUCUUCAGUACACUGGACUAACCCAUUGCAUUUGCAGCUGUUUUUCAUUGUAUUAUUAUUCAUGUAUGGUAAUGAAGGAUGUGUAGUUGUAGUUGAUCACUGCCAUUAAAUACCACUGCACUGCAUCGACUGGUGUCUUGCUAGUAGUACCGAUGUUUACCCAGCAGGGGGCGGUAUUGAGCCUUAGAUCGACCGAAUGUGCUGCUGCGGGUAUCUCAGUUUAUUCAAUUAAACAACGAUUCAACUGUUAAACGCUCAUUCAGUAUUAUUUUAUUCUUAUAUAUUCAUUUUGAUAGUUGUAUCCUAUACAUGUCUUUAUUUUUAGUCUAAACUAGUUGAUAGUUUGUUGUUGUUACAUGUAUAUAAUUGUUCUAUAGUCUUUCUGUAUGUUUUUAUGCUCAGUCCUGCUGAUAUUCGUGAGUGUUAUUUUGGUUGCUCAACAGUCCAAUUGAAAAUAACAUAUUUCAGAAAGGGUGACUGACCGAAAGGCUCGCCUUAUUUUCCAAAGACUUAUUUUUAGUGAGAGAUUUCUGCCAUUUAAAAAUAUUGAUUACUGUGCAAUUUAUUUUCCAUAGAAGGAAACAAUCCCCCUUGUCUUGCUCACAGAGAAUAUGUUUCGCGGUCUGGUGCAUUCGAUUUCACACUCACUGGUAUAUAUAUAUAUUAAUAUUAAUGACUAUGCAGUAUACUGUCUAUUACCCCUUUCUCUAACCUAACUGUGCUCCGAAUAAAACAACAUAUAUUGAUCUUA